GCCACGCCCCACGUUCGCUGAUUGGUUGCUGUUUGCACGGUCUCCUGGGUGACGAGAACGCGGUAGCCGGGUGGGGGAGUUCUGUUGCGCCUGCGCACUUCCAAGAUCGGGGUUGCCGCUGGAGCCUUGAAAUGAAGCGCGUUUUCUCCCUGCUAGAAAAGACUUGGCUUGGUGCUCCAAUACAGUUUGCCUGGCAAAAGUCAUCAGGAAACUACCUUGCAGUAACAGGAGCUGACUCUGUUGUUAAAAUCUUUGAUCGCCAUGGCCAAAAACGAAGUGAAAUUAGCUUACCUGGCAACUGUGUUGCCAUGGAUUGGGACAAAGAUGGUGACAUCCUGGCGGUGAUUGCUGAGAAGUCCAGCUGCAUCUAUCUAUGGGACGCCAACACAAAUAAAACCAGCCAGCUGGACAACGGCAUGAGGGAUCAAAUGUCUUUCCUUCUUUGGUCAAAGAUUGGAAGUUUCCUGGCUGUGGGGACCAUUAAAGGAAAUUUGCUCAUUUAUAAUCAUCAGACAUCUCGAAAGAUUCCUGUUCUUGGAAAACAUACUAAGAAAAUCACAUGUGGAUGUUGGAAUACGGAGAAUCUCCUUGCUUUGGGAGGCGAAGAUAGAAUGAUUACAGUUAGUAACCAGGAAGGCGACACGAUAAGACAGACACCAGUGAAAUCAGAGCCAAGUGACAUAAAGUUCUCCACAAGCAAGACAGAUGAGCGGAUCUCCUCUGCCGAAAGCACAAUAAGUGCGGUAGUUGGCAAGAAAAUGUUGUUUCUCUUUCAUCUGAAUGAACCUGAUAACCCGGUUGAUCUGGAGUUUCAGCAAGCCUAUGGCAACAUCGUCUGCUAUAGCUGGUAUGGAGAUGGCUACAUCAUGAUUGGUUUUUCCCGUGGAACGUUUUUGGCUAUUUCUACUCACUUUCCAGAAGUUGGACAAGAGAUAUUUAAGACUCGUGACCAUAAGGAUAAUCUAACCAGUGUGGCAUUGUCACAGACUCUGAACAAAGCUGCCACAUGUGGAGAUAACUGCAUAAAAAUCCAUGAUCUGACAGAACUGAGAGACAUGUAUGCUAUAAUUAAUCUGGAUGAUGAGAAUAAAGGGCUCGGUACCUUAUCCUGGACUGACGAUGGUCAGUUGCUGGCACUAUCUACCCAGAGAGGCUCACUGCAUGUCUUCCUGACCAAGCUGCCCAUCCUCGGGGACGCCUGUCACACAAGGAUUGCAUAUCUCACCUCCCUCCUUGAGGUCACCGUGGCCAACCUCAUUGAAGGAGAACCGCCAAUCACAGUUUCUGUGGAUGUUGAACCCAACUUUGUCGCAGUAGGGCUCUAUCAUCUGGCCGUGGGGAUGAACAAUCGAGCUUGGUUUUAUGUCCUUGGUGAAAAUGUUGUCAAAAAGUUAAAAGAUGUGGAAUAUCUGGGAACAGUAGCCAGCAUCUGCCUUCAUUCUGACUAUGCUGCUGCACUGUUUGAAGGCAAAAUCCAGUUACAUUUGAUAGAAAAUGAAAUGUUGGAUGCUCAGGAAGAACGUGAGACCCGGCUCUUUCCAGCAGUGGAUGAUAAGUGCCGGAUUUUAUGCCACGCCCUGACUAGUGAUUUCCUCAUCUAUGGAACUGAUACUGGCAUUAUUCAGUAUUUCUUCAUCGAAGAUUGGCAGUUUGUUAAUGAUUACCGGCAUCCUGUUGGUGUGAAAAAACUAUUUCCUGAUCCAAAUGGAACCAGACUGGUUUUCAUUGAUGAAAAAAGUGAUGGAUUUGUUUACUGUCCUGUGAAUGACGCGACCUAUGAGAUCCCAGACUUCUCGCCAACCAUUAAAGGCGUCCUUUGGGAGAACUGGCCGAUGGAUAAAGGUGUAUUCAUUGCUUAUGAUGAUGACAAGGUAUACACCUAUGUGUUUCACAAGGACACCAUCCAAGGAUCCAAGGUCAUUUUGGCUGGUGGCACUAAACUGCCCUUCUCCCACAAGCCUUUGCUGUUAUACAAUGGAGAGCUGACCUGCCAGACUCAGAGUGGGAAAAUCAACUCCAUCUACCUCAGCACCCACAGCUUCCUUGACAGCGUAAAAGACACGGAGCCUCCUGACCUGAGGCAAAUGCUGAUGCAGACCCUGAUGCUCAAGCGGUUUCCUGAUGCUUGGGAUAUAUGCAAAAUGCUAAACGACCGCACUUCGUGGAGUGAGCUGGCCAGAGCCUGUCUGCAUCACAUGGAGGUGGAGUUUGCCAUUCGCGUUUCCCGGACGAUGGGGGACGUUGGCACCGUGAUGUCCUUGGAACAAAUAAAGGGAAUUGAGGACUACAAUCUUUUGGCAGGACAUCUCGCCAUGUUUACUAAUGACUUCAACCUGGCUCAGGACCUGUACCUGGCAUCCAACUGCCCGGUGGCAGCCCUGGAGAUGAGGCGGGACCUGCAGCACUGGGACAGUGCUCUGCAGCUGGCGAAGCGCCUGGCCCCAGACCAGAUUCCCUUCAUCUCCAAAGAGUAUGCCAUCCAGCUGGAGUUCACAGGUGAUUAUGUAAAUGCUUUGGCUCAUUACGAGAAAGGCAUCACCGGGGAUAACAAGGAACAUGAUGAGGUGUGCCUGGCCGGAGUGGCUCAGAUGUCUAUAAGAAUGGGAGACAUCCGCAGAGGGGCAAACCAGGCCCUCAAACACCCCAGCAGGGUCCUGAAAAGAGAUUGUGGUGCCAUCCUAGAGAAUAUGAAGCCUAAGUUUCCUUUAUCAUUGCAGCAAUUUUCAGAAGCUGCCCAGCUGUAUGAAAAGGGCCAGUAUUACGACAGAGCUGCCUCUGUCUACAUCCGCUGCAAGAACUGGGCAAAAGUUGGCGAGCUUCUACCUCAUGUCUCCUCUCCUAAGAUCCACUUGCAGUAUGCCAAAGCUAAGGAAGCAGACGGAAGGUACAAAGAAGCCGUGGUGGCCUAUGAGAAUGCAAAGCAAUGGAACAGUGUCAUCCGCAUCUACCUGGACCACCUCAACAACCCCGAAAAGGCCGUCAGCAUCGUCAGAGAGACCCAGUCUCUGGACGGAGCCAAGAUGGUAGCCAGGUUCUUUCUACAGCUUGGUGACUAUGGAUCCGCCAUCCAGUUUCUGGUCCUGUCCAAAUGUAACAAUGAAGCCUUCACCCUGGCUCAGCAGCACAACAAGAUGGAAAUCUACGCCGACAUCAUUGGUGCUGAAGACACAACUAAUGAGGACUAUCAAAGCAUCGCCUUAUAUUUUGAAGGAGAAAAGAGACAUUUUCAGGCUGGAAAAUUCUUCUUGCUGUGUGGCCAGUAUUCACGGGCACUGAAGCACUUCCUGAAGUGCCCAAGCUCAGAAGAUAAUGUGGCCAUAGAAAUGGCGAUCGAAACUGUGGGCCAGGCCAAAGACGAACUGCUCACCAAUCAGCUGAUAGACCACCUGAUGGGGGAGAGUGAUGGCAUGCCAAAGGACGCCAAGUACCUGUUCCGCUUGUACAUGGCACUGAAACAGUACCGAGAAGCAGCCCGGACAGCCAUCAUCAUCGCCAGAGAAGAGCAGUCUGCAGGCAACUAUCGGAAUGCACAUGAUGUUCUUUUCAGUAUGUAUGCAGAACUUAAAUCCCAGAAGAUCAAAAUCCCCUCAGAAAUGGCUACCAACCUCAUGAUCCUGCACAGUUACAUACUCGUGAAGAUUCACGUUAAGAGUGGAGACCAUAUGAAGGGGGCACGAAUGCUCAUUCGGGUGGCCAACAACAUCAGCAAAUUCCCAUCGCACAUCGUGCCUAUCCUGACGUCUACGGUGAUUGAGUGUCACAGGGCAGGCCUGAAGAACUCUGCAUUCAGCUUUGCAGCCAUGCUGAUGAGGCCGGAAUACCGCAACAAAAUCGAUGCCAAGUACAAAAAGAAAAUUGAGGCGAUGGUCAGGAGGCCGGAUACCUCAGAGACAGAAGAAGCCACGACCCCAUGUCCCUUCUGCCAGUUUCUUCUCCCAGAAUGUGAGCUGCUCUGCCCUGGCUGUAAAAACAACAUUCCCUACUGCAUCGCAACAGGCCGACACAUGCUGAAAGACGAUUGGACAAUGUGCCCACACUGUGGCUUCCCUGCGCUGUACUCAGAAUUCAAGAUAUUGCUAAACAGUGAAAGCACGUGUCCCAUGUGUUCAGAAAGAUUAAACUCCAGUCAACUGAAAAAAAUUACAGAUUGCACCCAGUACCUACGAACAGAGACGGAGUAGUCAGCAGCAGCCCAGGUGAAGGCCCGCACGACCUCCUUCCAGGCCCCGAAGCCCAGCACCUACAACGCAGCUUAAUUCUUCCUUGGCACCGACUCCUUUCUGUGUAACAUGUAAUUGUCAAAGUUCAACGGCCCUGACAAGCUUUUCUUUUCUUUAUUUAAAUGUUAAAAUGCAGGUAAUAAGGUUUUCCAAUUGGCAAAGGUAAUUUAGCCAAGCAGCAUCAUGAAUUCUAACUAGAAUGUAUUUUAUCAAACUAUGACGAGUUUUUUUUAAUCAACCCCUUAAAACUAGAGCCAGUUUCCUUUAAAUGCAAGCUUCUCAGUUGACGAUUUACUACACAAAGUUUGACUUCCAGAUAUUUUUACGUUUCUUUUCCUAAGUCUUGUUGUAGCCACACAAAGCUACAUACAUACUCCUCCCACCUCACUCCAGGGUCAAGGACUUUCUCAGGAGAAGGGGAGGGGAGGGAAGAGGGAUCCCUAACCUGGUUAAAAUGGAAUCCUAGGUCACAGUCACGGGUUCAUCUCCUAGUCUGUGAGUCUGACUCAGUGUGUAGGAAGCAGGGCAGGGCGUCAUUUCAUGUGCUUGUCGGCCAUGUGUACGUUUCUCAAAGUUCUUAGUCCAGUUCAGAACUGGCCUGCCUUUAUAAGUCUAUGUCAGUUUUAUGAUGUAAUACUUGCACAUAUUGUUACAUAUUUGUGGGCUUUUUCACUUUCUUGCUAUCUUUCCAACACACAAAAAUACCAAGCUCAGGUCAUGAGAACCCCUUUGCCCCAUGAGCUAUUUCACAGGUUUUGAAACCAGGUUUCACCCUAGACUGGGCUGGCCUUGACCUUGCAGUGUCCUCCUGCUCCACUCCCAGGUCCUGGGAUCACAGGCUUACGACACCAGCCUCACCGCAUUAUUAUGAGGAUGUCUGUUUUCCUUUUCAGAAGGGCCUCCAAUCUAGUUAGCUUUUCCUUAGUUUUCUAAAUACUCAAAUUUUAUCAAAUGAAUUGUUCUUCCCUUUAUUCCAUUUAGUAGGUUAUAUUGAUUUUUGAGUGCUAAAAUCAAGUGUCAUUCGGGGGAUAGAUUCACCUCAGCAUGACGUGAUUUCUAGCCAUCCCCAGCAUGGUGCACACACAGCGAAGGCCCUGAAUCUAACCCGGCAAAUUUCUCUUUCACAAGCACCCCAGCUGCUUUCCAAAAUCUCUGGGCAGUUAGUUGCUUGUUGUAUUCUGUCCCGACUUUACAGCACUGUGGGGAGAUAAGUGUGUAUCUCUGCCAUGUUAAUGGAGCCCUCAGGCUCUAUCCAAAUCCUGCCCUACAUGGACACAUGUGACAGAUGAUGGAAACUGCCACAUCAGAGCUCUUUGAAGCCAUGUCUUCCGUGAGCUGGGAUUAUACACUGUCAUGUUGUCUCCUUAUACAGUGAGCACUGUUGGAGCCACUGCUCCCUGGCUGAGAAGGAACCUCUGUCUAAUUUCAAGCAGCCUCAACAUUUUCAAAUCCCUCACAGGAGAUUCCAUGGUAAUGUCCAGUAGCAUGUGGUAUAGCACUAGUCAGGAAGCGCCAUAUUGUUUGUCUGAAAGUCGGGAAAUGGGCAGGAAGUCAGCUUUAUUACCAGGAAGGCCAUUUUACCUGAGGCCCUUCUAAAGGUAUCUGUUUGUCCCUUUCUUAGACAGUGCAGCUGAGUAGAUGGCAUCUCCCCUCAGGAAGCUGUGCCCACCCCCCGGUAGACAUAAAAGAAUGAUUCAUGAGACAGGCCAGCUACACUGAGCUGCUGCUGUGACUACAGCGGCACAACCUGCUGUUUACUCCAAUUGUACAUUUCCUCUUCAAAGGCCUGCAUAUUCUGUGCUCUGUACCAUUAAUAGUACAUGAAUUGUAAAUACCAAGAUUUUUCUAAUAACUUUUAUAUUUAAGUGUCUCCUUUAAAAUAAAAUUGUUGACUAGA